AUUUGAGGAUCGUCCUGAAAGUCGGAUUAAAUCCUUGUGAACAAAAACUAUUGUUUUUGAGCCGUAGCAGGAUUUAUUUUUCUGCGAUAUGAGGUGCUCUUUUUUUUUGUUUUUUGUUUUUUUUUAGCAUUUUCUUAAUAUUUUCUCUUCUUCUAUGUGAAUGAUCUCACACCAUGGGGAUACUGCUAUUAUUUGCUGUCAUGCAAGUCGCGGUAGUCGGCUUGGUGACUGCAGGCUGCCCAGUGGUUUGUGUGUGUCCAGCAGGGCCCCCGUCCUGUUCCCCAGGGGUCAGCUCAGUCCCGGACGGCUGUGGCUGCUGCAAAGUGUGCGCUGCCCAACUCAACCAGGAUUGCCAUGAAGGACGGCCCUGUGACCACCAUAAAGGCCUGGAGUGCAACUAUGGCAACGAUGUGGGCCGUACCCAUGGCAUCUGCAGGGCAAAGGCAGAGGGCCGCUCCUGUGAAUACAACGGGCGGAUUUAUCAAAAUGGAGAGAAUUUCCGCGCUGGUUGCAAGCACCAGUGCACCUGUAUCGAUGGAGCAGUGGGCUGUGUGCCCCUUUGCCCCAGCCAUGUGCCCCUGGCAUCCCCCUCCUGUCCAGCCCCACAGCUGGUCAAGGUGCCAGGUCAAUGCUGCCUCAGCAUUGACUGCAACAAGGGAACCACCUUUGUGCCCCCAGUGCACCGGCGACCGCAACCUCCGGCUUACCCACCUUACCCCUUCAUUCCAUACCCAGCCUACCGCUACCCCAAGCCUUAUCCAAAACCAUACCAGAAGCUAUACCCCUAUAAACCAAAAAAGGAGAAGGAAACCAUGGGCAAUGAGCUGGUGGAGGUGGGGCACAAGUGGGACAAGCCACGUGGAAACAAACACCUGGCGGCCUGGAGGCAGAUGGGAGAUCAGUGUGUGAUUCAGACUACUUCCUGGUCUCAGUGUUCUCGGAGCUGUGGGAUGGGCGUUUCCUCUCGUGUUACUAAUGACAAUGCCCGCUGUAAGCUGAUCAAGGAGACGCGUCUGUGCAACAUUCGGCCCUGCAGCUCCAUGUCUAUCCCCGUCAAGAAAGGAAGGAAGUGCUCUCGUACACAUAAGGCCCCUGAGCCACACCGUCUGUCCUAUGCUAGCUGCAGGAGCACUCGCCUGUACAGACCCAACUACUGUGGUGUAUGCAGGGAUGGCCGUUGCUGCUCGCCCCGUCGCACACGUACUGCCGGCGUGACCUUUGCCUGCCCUGAUGGCGAACGCUUCAGCAGACAUGAUGACACAGUGGCCUGUCACCAGGGAAGGCAGUGCAGCUAUGUUUGGAGCAUCAGCGCAGCUGAAAGGGGAACUGAGAGGGACAAAACAGCUGAGAGCUGUCAACCAUGAGAGCGAGAGGAGGACUCCCACUGAUCUGGAGCUUGACCCUGGGUUCGCAUCAGAGGUCACAGCAGUUAGAAAGACGUAUCUAAUGCUGGAUGAUGAAGGCUACAGGAGAAGAGGAGGUAUGUACUGGAAAAAGACAGAGUUUAACCUGAUGGGUUAAGGCCUUGAAGUGGGGAAUAUAUCAAAGGUUGUUUACACAGCUGGACUCAUCACUUGCCUUGCCUCCACAAGAAACUGACAUUUAGCAAGCACAAUAAGAACAAGCCUGGGAUUCUGGCUUCAGGAAGUCAACUGCCUAAUUUUCUGCAAAUUACAAUCCUGACUCUGACGUGCAGUGAGAGAAAAUCAGCUACUCUCUGGUUUACUAUAAAAAUAAAAUAGAAAACUGUGUGUGCUGAGGUAAACAUGUAAUUAGUGACCAGUGGGUAGAACCGCUCUGGUGCCCAAUCUGGUCUGUAAUCGAGCAACAAGCCCGCUCACUGAAACAAAACAUUAACUCAUGCGUCUUUGUGUUUAAGUGGUGUCUGUUUCUGAGAAAUGCUGUUGAAGGCUGUGUGGUCAGUUGACGUCACUGUUGGAGAGAGAGGAGCUAUGGUCGUGCAGAAGACGGUGCCAGAGCUGCCAGAUGUCGAUAAGAACUUAUUUCUAAGGACAUUUCUAAACACAAGACUGAAGGAGAGGAAUUCUGUAUUAUUCUCUCAUUUUCGUGACUGAGACCCUUUAUAAUGACUGAAGAACAAUAGCAUCUUCCUUAACUGGUAGUUGGCUUAAAGUUCACGCACCUUACAACAGCCUUGAUUCACGACCUGAACUUAUAGGCCUAUCUUAAGCGAAUGUAAUGCAGAGGGAUUGGGAGGUCAUUUCAAACAGACUUCUAUUUUUACUGCAUACAUAUUUUAAAAUGGUGAUUCUAAAUCAUUUGAAGCACUAUUUUAUUAUAUUUUAUUAUUUCAAACAUUUUUUUUUUUUGCUAUUGUGCCAUAAGAUAUUGGCUUAGAAGUUUUGCAGUUUUCUGUGAAACUGGAGGUCAUUUGUAUUUUCUACUAUCUCUUGGCUACAUUAGGCUUUCGUAGUUAAGAGACUGCUGCCUCUAAUACUUACAAACUUGUUUGGGUUUUUUUUUUUUUUUUUACCUUUACAGGUGAUUAAAAAAAUGUGUUUGGUAUUUGCCAUUGCUAUUUGCCUAUGUAGAUGCUGUGGUUUUUGUAAUGUACGUCUAGUUUUGUUAAAGGACACUAUAGAGCAGCUAUGUACAGAUGCAUUGUUACCUUCUUUGUAGUUCUAUCUGCUGUAAAAGGGCCGAUCCUUUUACCGAGUUAUACAGAAAUAGUCCAUGUAUACUUUAGCACUGAACAAGACAGGGUUCAGAUCCUUUAUGAGCAUUAAGUGCCAAUUUAAAAGGAUUAUGAAUGUCUACUAGUGAACAUUAAUACCAUCUGUAAUAAGAGUCAUGCUUUGUAAGAUUGUAUAUUAAAAAAAAGAAGGCAAAAAAGAAGGCAAAACACAUUUACUAUGUUCCUCACAAAUUCUUCUCUGGUUGCUUUACACACAUUUAAAUGAGUUCCUUUGCAUUUUUGAAUAAAGAAAUUUUCACUCACUGUACUUUGUGGGGAACACACAAAAUGAUGUUUGUUUAUGAGGCAUAAUGUUCAUGAUUGUCACCAUUUUAAUUUAGCAUGUUAGCACACUCAUACUUAAGGAUUAGCACUAAACACAAAGUUCAGCUAAGGCUGACGGGAAUGUCAUUACUUUGCAGUUAUUAGGUCAUGAACCAAAGUAUUGGACAAAUUAAAAUUUCAACCUCACAGUGACAUUCAACAAAAUGUCAGGAUCACCAAAGUCAGCUGGACUCUCUAGUGGACUGACCAAUACAGCCAUUCCUACUGCCAUUUCGCUAGCAUGGCUAAAAAUGAUCAUUGAACACCAAACCGCUAUCAGGCUGCUUGUAGUGAAACUGUCAUUGAUUUUUGCUAGAUCCUCAUGAGGUUUUUGCUACUUUAACAGGAAUACAUACAAUUAAUGACAUUCUGUCAUUGUAGUUUUGUGUGUGAAGUGUUUAAUACCUA